AUGCCGUCCCAGUCUUGCGCCAAUCUGCUGGAACUCGUCUCCCGCUCGGCGGAGUACCCCUCGCCGACGAGGCCGCUCACGCCGCACCUCCCACGGGUGGUCACCGUUCCUGGGAUCAUCUCCGACUUCGGCGACGGGGACCCCUCCGAGAGGUCCUGCGAGCGCCUCCUCUCCGAUUGCAGCUGCGAUUCCCCCGUGCCGCGGGAGCGCAGGAUCAUCGUUGCCCAUCAGCUUCCCAUCCGGAGCCACCGGGAUCCGGCCACCCGCCGGUGGCGAUUCUCAUGGGACCCGGACGCUCUCUCCCUGCAGCUUCGCGCGGGGUUCCCCCCGCAGUGUGAGAUCCUCCAUGUCGGCACCAUCCGGCCUCCGUCCUCCGAUCCCGACGCCGCCGUCGACCCCUCGGAGGAAGAAGAGGUCAAACAGAUCCUAUAUGAUCAGUUCCGCUGCGUCCCGGUCUUCCUCCCAGCCGAUGUCCACAAUCGGUUCUACCAUGGCUUCUGUAAGCACUAUCUCUGGCCGCUCUUCCACUACAUGCUUCCUGUCUCCCCUUCCGCCCUCGGUGGCGUCCGCUUCGACCGCUCCCUCUGGCUGGCCUACGUCUCCGCCAACAGGGUCUUCGGAGACACCGUGACCGAGGUCCUUAACACAGACGAGGACAACGUGUGGGUGCACGACUAUCACCUUAUGCUUCUCCCCACCUUCCUCCGGCGGCGAUCGUACCGCGUCAAACUCGGCUUCUUCCUUCACUCCCCCUUCCCGUCUUCGGAGAUGUACCGGACGCUGCCCGUCAGGGAGGAGAUUCUCCGGGCGCUCCUCAACUCGGACCUCGUCGGAUUCCACACCUUCGACUAUGCCCGCCACUUCCUGUCCUGCUGCAGCCGGAUGCUGGGGAUCGACUACGAGUCCAAGAGGGGGUACAUCGGCCUGGAGUACUACGGGCGGACGGUCAGCAUCAAGAUCCUCCCCGUUGGCAUAGACAUGGGCCAGCUCGAGACGGUGAUGCGGUCACAGGAGGCCGGGGAGAAGGCCCGCGAGCUAAUGCUGCAGUUCGAGGGCAGGACCGUGUUACUGGGCGUCGACGACAUGGAUUUGUUUAAGGGCAUAAGCCUGAAGUUCCUGGCCAUGGGUCAGCUCCUGGAAGAACACCAGGAAUGGAGGGGGCGCGCAGUCUUGGUCCAAAUUGCGAAUCCAGCAAGAAGCGAGGGAAAGGAUGUGCAGGAGGUCCACGAGGAGAUGCUCAUGGUUGCAGAGAAGAUCAACAACCGGUUCGGCACGGCGGAUUAUCAGCCAAUCAUCCUAAUCAACCGCACGGUGCCGACCUAUGAGAAGGUCGCCUACUACGCGAUUGCGGAAUGCUGUGUGGUCAACGCGGUCAGGGACGGAAUGAACCUGGUGCCUUACAAGUACACCGUAUGCCGGCAGUGGAGCCCAGCCCUUGGUGGCAAGCCGAAGAAGAGCAUGAUUGUGGUUUCGGAGUUCAUCGGCUGCUCCCCAUCCCUCAGCGGCGCGAUCAGAGUGAACCCCUGGAAUGUGGAUGCAGUGGCUGACGCCAUGAAUCUAGCCAUCAAGAUGCCAGAGCCGGAGAAGCAGCUUAGGCAUGAGAAGCACUUCAAGUAUGUCACCUCCCACGAUGUAGCUUACUGGGCGAGGAGCUUCGAUCAGGACCUGCAGAGAGCCUGCAGAGAUCAUUUCUCCAAGAGGUGCUGGGGGAUCGGGUUCGGCCUGUGCUUCAGGGUUGUGGCCCUCGGCCCAAACUUUAGGAAGCUCUCUGUGGAACGCAUUGCUUCGGAUUACAGGAAGACCAGCAGCCGGCUGAUCUUGCUCGAUUAUGAUGGCACAAUGAUGCCCCAGGCUUCAGAGAACAAGUCCCCGAGCGACGAGGUCAUUUCGGUGCUCAAGAGCCUCUGCAGCGAUCCAAAGAAUGUCGUCUUUGUUGUUAGUGGCAGGGGGAAAGAUUCCUUGAGCAGAUGGUUUGGCCCAGUUGAGAAGCUGGGCAUCUCUGCAGAGCAUGGCUUCUUCACUAGGUCUGCCUUUCUCACCGAACAUACGUUUCCUUGUUCCUGCAUCAUUUUUACGACUCACGGUAGAUAAUUGGAAGUAGUCAGGGAAUUAAUAAAAUUGCUCAGUACCAUGGGAAAUUCAGAGGUUUCCACAGGUACGUAGCUCAGUUGACUUCAUCUUACGCAGAUGAAUCUUUGUUCUUCAGAUUGUGGGCUACGUAGGAAUUCAUAAUGUUGCCAUGGGUGUCUGAUGGAAGCGACUUCAUUCAUUACCAGCAUGCGAAUUCAAGUCUGUUUGAUCUUUAGAGCCUAUUUCUUGCCACAUUGUUCAUCCUCCCCUUUUAAUCUUAGCACUACUGGUUUUACUCUGAUUUAAGAUCUCUGUUCCAUCGAUAGAACUGUCGAUUGCAUUCGUUCGAUCCGGCCAUGGCUGACAAUCCUGUGGUUGUUUUCUGGCAGGUGGAGCGCGGAUGCUCCGUGGGAGACAUGCUUGCUGACCCCCGACUUUGACUGGAAGAAAAUGGCAGAGCCUGUAAUGAGACUCUACAUGGAGACGACUGACGGGUCCUCCAUGGAGCACAAGGAGAGCGCCAUCGUUUGGCACCACCAGGACGCUGACCCCGACUUCGGAUCCUGCCAGGCGAAGGAGCUCCUCGAUCAUCUCGAGAGCGUUCUUGCCAAUGAGCCGGUCGUUGUGAAAAGAGGGCAGCACAUAGUUGAAGUCAAACCCCAGGUAUCAGCAUCCUUGUUGAUCUGAUUCUCUCUGGUCGAGCUUCUGGAGCGUUAAUGGCGGAUCUCUGCGCAAAGCCCAAGAUCGCAGGCAAGCUCUGAUGCUGAGAAAUUUACUCUAUUUUCCUCUGUUGUAGGGGGUGAGCAAAGGGAUGGUGGUGGAGAGCCUCAUCUCCAAGAUGAGCGCCGGAGGGAAGCCGCCGGACUUCAUCCUGUGCGUCGGCGACGACCGAUCAGACGAGGACAUGUUUGAGAGCAUUGUGGGCGGCCCGGCGCUGCCAGCUGCCGCCAAGGUCUUCGCCUGCACUGUGGGGAAGAAGCCGAGCAAGGCCAAGUACUACCUGGAUGACCCAGCUGACGUCGUGAAGAUGCUCCAGGGCCUGGCCUCCGUGUCCGACCGACCACAGAAACCCGUGGGCCUCCAGGUCUCGUUCGAGGGUUGA